UUUUCUAAAUAUAAAUAUUUCAUUUCAAUUUUUGUUUCUCUUCUCCACAACCAAACUCUUUUCUUUUCCCAUCAUUAUUACACUCUGCACUCUUCUGUCAAAAUCAAAACCCUAGAUUUCAAAAUCUAGGGUUUUAUUUUCCAAAUGCGUUCCAGCUAUGAUUCCUGAACUAUCCUUUUAUCCCAUUUUGAGUUUUCUCUCUUUAAUUUAAGCUUCUCAUUCUCCUACAUUUUGAAUUCAAUAUCUAGAGCUACUAGGGUUUAGAUCCCCUUUUCUGUUUUCGCUGCAUUUUGGUAUAAAAAUCUAAUCUUUUCAUUAUUUUCAUAGUUUUUUUUCAUCUGGGUUAGUUUAAGAAGUUAACUUUAGUAAAAAAAAAGUUGGGUUUUUGAAGUGGAAAAAGAUUAGCGUAUUAAUCACAAAUUAAGAAUUUUUUAGUGUUAGUUAAUGCAUGGAUGAGAGAGAAGCUAUGUCAUUUUCUGAUGGGUCUGGUUCAUAUUACAUGCAUAAAGAAAGAGUGUUUCAACAACCACCUCCUGGGUUUAGAGCUUUGUCUAAUCCUCAUGGUGGUUCUGAUGGUUCUACAUUUUCAGUAGAGCAUGAGCAUGGUAGUUUUAGUCAUGGUGCUGUAGUGCCUUAUUCAGGGGAGCAGUCUGUGAAAAAGAAAAGAGGGAGGCCUAGGAAGUAUGGUCCUGAUGUACCUGUUUCUUUGAGACUUUCUCCUAUGUCUGCCACUGCUAAUUCUACUCCUGAUUCGGAGAAACGGCCGAGAGGACGGCCACCGGGAAGUGGAAGGAAGCAACAGCUAGCUGCUCUAGGUGAAUGGAUGAACAGCUCCGCUGGACAGGCUUUUUCACCUCAUGUUAUCACCAUUGGACCUCAAGAGGACAUUGUAGAAAAGUUAUUGUUAUUUUCACAACAUAGACCACGCGCUUUAUGCGUCUUGUCGGGAACUGGGACUGUAUCUUCAGUCACUCUGCGCCAGCCUGCUUCUACCAGUGUCAGUGUUACAUACGAGGGUCGAUUCCAAAUAUUAUGCUUAUCUGGUUCUUACUUGGUUGCUGAAGAUGGUGGACCUCACAAUAGAACUGGUGGCAUUAGUGUUUCCCUUUCUAGCAUGGAUGGUCAUGUUAUCGGUGGUGGGGUUGCUAGGCUUAUUGCUGCAAGCCCUGUCCAGGUGGUAGUUUGCAGCUUUGUGUACGGUGGUUCUAAGCCAAAGACAACAAAACAAGAAACUGCUGUAAAAGACGAUGACGAUUCUGAGCCUCAGAGUAGUGACAAAUUAGCUUCUCCAGGAAGUGAGCCACCUAAUCAAAACUAUACAGCUUCUGGAACAGGCACAAUGUGGCAUGGAUCAAGGACAGUAGACGUGAAAAGUACACAACCACACACUGGUAUUGAUUUGAUGAACGGGUGAAAGUUUAUUCAGGAGGAAGAAGAAUAUUGCUGUAAUUAUAUUUAUCUGUUGUUGUAGAUGAACUGAAUUUGUAAGCAUUGUGACUCUGCUUGUUAUCAUCAUCGACGAGUCACAAGUUAGCACUAACCUAUGCUGUAACAAAUGAAUCAUUUUAGGGUUAAGUAACAGUCUUAACUUGUGCAAAGCAAUGAAAGUCUAGGUAAAAUAGAGGCCGGUUCUAUUUGAUUAUUAAUGGUUAAGGUUAUUUUUAGAAUAGUUUGUUUGUCAAACUAGUCAGCUUAUUAAUGGAAGUUGUCAUGACUGAUCUAUUUUUCA